AUGGUUCAGAAGGCGGUCAGUGCCCAUUUUCAGGUCUCUCAUUCGUUGACGAUGUCGCCUUUACUUAACGGCUACAAACUGGGCGUAACUUACGUCGGUAAUCGUCAGUUCAGUCAAGAAGAGGUUCAAAUGUUUUUUUUUUCUUUUUUCUUGUCUCACUCGCUUUUUACCCACGGAUUGUUGUUUAAGGUUUAUCCGGUACUUCUCGGCGAUACCGACAUUUACGGCAACAUGUCCGCAUCGGUUCAGCAUCAUAUCACCGAUCGCAUUCGUGGUAAAUUUGUUGCUCAGAUUCAACAGAACAAGUUCGUCGGUGCCCAGCUGACUGGUGACUACAGGGGCGUUUCUACGACGUGCAGCGUGACCGUUGCAAACCUCGACUUGGUGAACAACGCAGGAUUGGUCGUGGCAUCUGUACUUCGUCGGGUUACGCCAUUUCUAGACCUCGGCGUCGAGGCGGUUUGCCAGUACGGCCGCAAUGUGCCGGGUGGAAAAUUCUCAACGUUAAGCUACGCUGCUCGUUAUCUAGGUAUAAUUUUAGAAUAUUACUUCCCCGUAUGCCUGCGACCUUUUUUCUUUGACUUUACUGAAGCUUUGAGCAAGGUAAAGUGACU